UGUUGAAGCUUAAUAGCGGUUCCCACAAAUUGUACUUUGCACACACACACCGCUGGUUGCAAAUUAAAAAAAAUCAGAAAGUUAUUCAUUUGCAUUUUCAGAAAUUGAGCUUUCGGUUUAAAGCAAACCAGUGCAUAAGAAAUUGAGCUUUCGGUUUCUGUUUAAAGCUAACCAGUGCAUAAGGGGAAAAGUGUGCUACAAUAAAGCAUGAUGAGAGAACUGUAUCUGCUGUUUGCAGUGCUUCUUGCAAAUGGUUUUGUCAUAAAAGGUGAUGAUUUGUUUGAUGAUGGACCUUGUGGGAAUACAAUGUUUAAGAAUGAAUCAGGAAAAAUUGUCGGACAGGACCCAGGCAAGGGAAAGACAUGCUCCUACUACAUUGUUGCAGCCAAUUAUACAUCACAGGUAGCAAUAAGUUUCAGCAAUUUGACAAUAAAUCCACUACUGUAUAACUUGUCAGUGUAUGGGGUGAACACAACAGGGGAGACAAAUGUGUCAAGCGUUCUGAUUGCCAAUCUUACACAAGUAUCCCAGGGACAGGCAUUUUUGACAGUGAUUUCAGGAUAUAAUGUUACGAAGAUAGUUUACUCACGAGCCAACUUGGACACACCGUCUGAUGCAGGGUUUACUGCAGCUUAUGAUACUACUGCCUGCAUGUUAGAGAGACAGGAUGCAGGAGGCAUUAUUCAGAGUCCACUUUACCUACCUGGAAAUGGAACUGUGACUUGUACCUAUAAACAAACUUUGUAUCAGCCAAUGGGUGUGGUUUCAUUUACCAGCUUCAACUUAUCCAGUGGGAAGGUCACUGUACAGUUUGGAUCUGGGAAUCCCGUAAACGUCUCAGGACCGGUUCCCAACGAUGUGUUUGGAGACAAGAACGCUAUAAGUUUUACAGUAAACUUUUUCUUCAACAAUAAUACUGCUGCUCAGAACUUCACAGCAUUAUUUCAGACGGUAGAUCCUCGUUGCAGUGGAAAGUUGGAUGUGGCGUCUACAUUUAAACAACUGACUAUACCUGCCAGUAACCAGUUACCGGUGACCUGCUACGCUCAGCUGAAGUUGGGAGGCGAGGGCAAGGUGUAUAUGGAGAACAGUGUGAACUACACUCAGACACGUGGCUUUGAUAAUGUGAUAUUUUAUGAUGGUGCUAGCACUCAGGCACCCGUCGUAGGAACCAAUAGCGAUGGACUUCAGUGGCUCGUGGGCUCAAAGAAAUCUCUGACAGUGGUUGCCAACCUUGGAGCACAGUCUGCCCGAGUCAGUAAUUUACAGUACCGGUCAGACAGUUACAACAAUUUUUUCACUCUCACGAAUCAGUCACGAUCUGCAAAUAUUGACUUUGACGGCACUACCAUCAGCAAUAGUACUGUGAAAGUGAUGUUCCUGAGUACAAACCAGUCCCUAUCGUCUAUUAAGAUUGAACUAAACAACAACACAUCAUUGACAGAUGGUAAGAUAACAGUCCAGUGCCAAGGGUUCAUGACGAUGUUCACUUAUACGAAAGACAGUGUGUUUCUUCCAAUAAUAAUUCCCAGUGCUCGAGCUAUGGUUGUUAUAACUAUGUUGACAGGAAAUCAGAAAGUUUCGUUGAAGGCAACAGCUCUACAACCAACAGGUUGUAAUGGGUUGUCUAACGGACCAUCGGGCCAAAUUAAUUUUGCUGGUGCAAGCACAACAGAGAAGUCCUGCAAUUUUCUAGUUUCUACAAGUAAUGAUAUAAUACUGGAGAUGAAGCAGAUUAACUUGUGUAAGACGGGUACCCUCGAUAUCUACCAGGGCUUCAACAAGAACUCCGUGAAAUACGCAUCCUUCCAAGCUAACACGUCAUACACGAUCCCUCAGAUCAGAUUUCCAGCUGGCUCACCUCCAAGGCUAGUGUGGAAAGACAACAACAACACAUGUACAGGACCUACAGUGGUAGCUAGAUACUGGAGCCAAGAUAAUGGAGCAACCUGUGGUGCUCUGGGAGCAGGAAUGUCCGGGAAUAUUAAUACUCCAAACUUCCCGAAUCAGUACCCCCUGAAUGUGAUGUGUAACUGGACACUACCAGUUACUGUCAAUACCUCGAUGAUGUAUCUCACUGUCAAAUCACUAGACUUUCAACGAGGACAUUCCCUUACACUACAGAAUACCAGUACUUCUAGUACCAUAGCAAACUUUACUGGUACAUCUAGUGAUCUGAUUGUACCAAACAGAAACCUGUCCAUGAUCUUCAAUGCAACAUUACAAGGCUCAACACAGACCGGACAAGGGGCACAACUCAUGUACAAAGUUCUGACCUGCGGUGGACUGGUUACUAAUUACCCUGCCAAUCUGACCGUCCCUAAAGGAAAAAACCAGUCUGUAGAGUGUAUCUGGAUCAUUCAGGUGCCUUUAAACGGAACAAAGCAAUCGGUGAACAUUGUGCUCGCUAACAUUACAGUGAAAGGAUAUAAAAAUGCUUCGAAUGGUGUACUGGAGAUACACGAUGGAAGCUCAGUACGUGACCAGAGUAUCACGGUGAACAUGACGCAGAAAAACACGACCACUGUCUACAGUCGCACCAACUUCCUGUUUGUCAGAUAUGCUUACACAAUCUCUACAAACCAGCCUUUCACCUUCAAUUUUACUUACGCUACCUUCAACUGUAACAGUACAAGUCAGUGCGAUAAUGGUGUAUGUAUACAUCCUGACUGGAGAUGUAACGGGGUACCAGACUGUAGAGAUGGUAAAGAUGAGAAACACUGUAACGGUUCCCAGCCUAUCCCACCAGCACCUACUCCAGCUCCUAACAAAGGAGGGAAGAAAGCUGGGGUGGCAAGUUACUGGGUGGUUAUUUGUCUGUUGCUUGGAGUAGUCAUAGGUGUAAUGCUGACCAUCUUUGUCCCAAAAUGCAUCAGAAACGUACGUGGAAGGAACAGGUCGCCAGGAAGUAACUACGGCUCUCUCCACGAAGACACAUAGAUAUGCAUAUUUAACGUAUGUAACACCGGGUAACUCAAAUGAAGAACAAAAUACCACACUAGGAAAAAAAGACUUUUAUUAAUUUACCAGAUUUGCCAAUAUCAUGCAGACUACUUUAUUUUUUUGUAAAUGUUACUAUAAAGAGAUUGAGAGUUGGCAUGUUUCCAAUAACUUGUUGAGUAUUGCUAAAAAUAGAUUGAAAGUUGGCAUUUUUCCAAUAACUUGUUGAGUAUUGCUAAAAAUAGAUUAAGAGUUGGCAUUUUUCCAAUUACUUGUUGAGUACUGGUUGUUUAAGUUUAAUUUCAGAAAGUUUAAUAAGCUUUGUGGGAACUAACAAUUUUGACAAGGAUACAUGUAGAUCUGAAACCACAUUUUAGUGAUAUAUUUCUCAAAAUAUUUUUUUAAUUUUAAUUGAGAUUUUGUAGUAAGUAACUGCCAUAAGUAAUUCUUCAGAUUUUGUUUUUGUGUUUCUAUGUUGUUGACUUUUUUUUCGUAUUUUUGAAGAGAAGAAAUUGUGUUUGCUGCUUUUGUUAUACAUAUAUUUUUCAGUUUACUAAUUUAAAUGUAAGAAAGUUAUUAAUACAUGUAUAUUUUUAGGACAAGUUGUUCAUUUGUUACAAUAAUUUACUUUUUGUUCUAUUUAUAGCAAGUCUCAAAAAAUAACAGGCAUGUUAUCUGAUAAUUAUGGUUGAUUGACAGAUGUCAGUGUAAAUUACACCAUAUACAAUUAGCACUGUCAUUUAAACUGUAAAGAUUAUACAUUGCCUGAACAUGUAAAAUUUUUGUUAAUGAUGGGCCUUAAAAUCAAGUUCAUUAAUGCGUAACAUUGCAAGUUCUGGUUUCACAGGCUUAAACCUUCAACCUGCUGGGUGCGAAAGUGAUACCCUUUUGCCACCAGUAUAGAGCCAGGCCAGCAUGCACUCGACAAUGGACAGUAUCAAAAAUAAAAGCUUGGCAAGUUCAUUUAAGAAAUUCAGAAGGUUAGGGAUUAAUGACUAAUAAUAUCUGUCAUAUGUUGCGGUUCGGAUCGGAAUAUCCGUCCCGAGGUGACCCGCCCAUUGGGCGGUAACGAGGCUUGCCGAGUUACCGCCCAUGGGCGGGUAACCGAGGGGCGGAUAUUCCGAUCCGAACCGCAAACAUAUGUCAGAUAUUUUUUCUUGCAUAUUCUACCAUAUUCCAUUAUAUUUUAAAUUCUUUAUCUUUAUUUUCAAUGGAAAUUUAUAUCAUGAUAACCGUAACUACUUUCUUACAACAGCGUAUGAAAUUGUAACUUCAUUCAUAACAGUAAAAUGACGUCAUCCUAAGCGUGCCAUUGUACAGCACGCGACUCAUCUGGCACCCCCCAUGCCAGAUGAAAUUUACGGCAUGGGUAAAACUAACGGAAACGCCAGUCUGCUAUGCAAGAAAAAGGCCAUACUUGGUAGGGAUUCAAUAUGAAGUGAAAACACGAGUGUGAUACUGUAAUUCAACAAAAUUAAAAUCCAAUUUCCAUUCUGACUCUAUGUUCCGAGGGUUAAAAUUGAGCAACAUUCCUUUCUGUGAUUGUUUUGAUGAUACAUUUGAAAGUUUUGUCCUUGUUUAACGAAGGAAAACAAAUGUAAAAAACAGUUGUGUGUCUUUAUAUCAAGUAACCAUAUCAAUGUUUUCAUUCCCUAUGGCCUUAUGGUUCUAUGUAGUCUCAUGCGCAGAGUAUUGUUGAUAUAGUAUAUACAUGUAUAUUUGUAUAUCCAUGGGUGGCCAUGAUUCGUUACCCUAAGCAUUUUACAGUGCUAGUUUGAUACACUUUAUUUUCUAAUGACCCCAAGUGUUCUAUGUUGAAGAAAUUUAGCAGAUACUUUCAAUUUACUUUGUUGUUUAAAAAUAUCCAACUGUUUUCUAUCUUAAUAAAUAUUUGUUGAAACUUUGUGACAUAAACAGUAACAAUGUUGACUCACGGACAGGUACGAAUUCAAGGCACCUUACAAUACUUUAUACAUACAGUCUUAUACCUGUUAUUGUGAACAUUCCUCUUUUUUUUUCGAUACAAAUUUACACCAAAUAUUGUGAACACGAGAUAUGGAACAAAUGUAAUUAUAUUAAUUUGCAAUGUGCUUAGAUGAAUGGAAGUGUUUUUAGCUCACCUGUCACAAAGUGACAGGGUGAGCUUUUGUGAUCGCUUUUCGUCCGGCGUCCGUCCGGCGUCCGUCCGUAAACUUUUACUUUAAAUGACAUCUCCUCAUAAACCACUAAGCCAAUUUCAUCCAAACUUCACAGGAAUGUUCCUUUGGUGGUCACCUUUAAAAAUUGUUCAAAGAAUUUAAUUCCAUGCAAAAGUCUGGUUGCCAUGGCAACCGAAAGAAAAAACUUUAAAUAUCUUCUUUUAAAAAACCAUAAGAGCUAGAGCUUAGAUAUUUGGCAUGAAACAACAUCUAGUGAGUGUCUACCAAGUUUGUUCAAAUAAAAGCCCUGGGGUCAAAAUUGGCCCCGCCCCGGGGGGUCAUUGAUUUUCCCUAUAUGCAUAUAGUAAAAACUUAAAAAACCUUCUUUUAAAGAACCCAAAGAGCUAGAGCUUAGAUAUUUGGCAUGAAACAUGUUCUAAUUGGUGUCUACCAAGUUUGUUCAAAUAAAAGCCCUGGGGUCAAAAUUGGCCCCGCCCCUGGGGUCAUUGAUUUUCCCUAUAUGCAUAUAGUAAAAACUUAAAAAAUCUUCUUUUAAAGAACCCAAAGAGCUAGAGCUAAGAUAUUUAGCAUGAAACAUGUUCUAAUGGGUGUCUACCAAGUUUGUUCAAAUAAAAGCCUUGGGGUGAAAAUUGGCCCCGCCCCGGGGGUCAUUGAUUUUCCCUAUAUGCAUAUAGUAAAAACUUAAAAAUCUUCUUUUAAAGGACUCAAACAGCUAGAGCUUAGAUAUUUGGCAUGAAACAUCUUCUAGUGUGUGUCUACCAAAUUUGUUCAAAUAAAAGCCCUGGGGUCAAAAUUGGCCCCGCCCCGGGGGGUCAUUGAUUUUCCCUAUAUGCAUAUAGUAAAAACUUGAAAAAUCUUCUUUUAAAGAACCCAAAGAGCUAGAGCUAAGAUAUUUAGCAUGAAAUGUCUUCUAAUGGGUGUCUACCAAGUUUGUUCAAAUAAAAGCCCUGGGGUCAAAAUUGGCCCCGCCCCGGGGGGUCAUUGAUUUUCCCUAUAUGCAUAUAGUAAAAACUUAAAAAAUCUUCUUUUAAAGAACUCAAAGAGCUAUGGCUAAGAUAUUGAGCAUCAAACAUGUUCUAAUAGGUGUCUACCAAGUUUGUUCAAAUACAAGCCCAGGGGUGAAAAUUGGCCCCGCCCCGGGGGUCAUUGAUUUUCUUUAUAUGUGUUUAGCAAAAACUUUAAA